AAAAGCCAUCUAGUGGAAGAAAAUAAACUUACUUUUUUAAGAGCUGUUGUUUAACGUCCUUUCCGAUGAAUAAUACAAAGUCAUGAAAAGUUAAUUUCUUAUGAAAGACAGCAAUGUUCAAAAGCCUCAGAGUUAAAGGAUUAAUGCUCUAUACAGUGGAUCAAAGUGUUCCUUAAAGAUUUUCAGACUUGGAUGAAGUAAAAAAAUGGCGUUCGAUGUUUAAUUCAGAAGAAUGUCCUUUCAUCUUUCCACAAGUCGAUUAUUAGUUUAUAAAUUCUAAAAGGACAUUUGCAAUGUCUGUUGGUUACUUCGACCCAAAUAGUUGGGAAUCUUUACUCAGUCUUGGUACUGCCUUCAAUUACAGCGAUUUUAGUAGCUUACAAAACAGCUAUGGAAGUAUCGAAGAAGUGUCAGCUAAGAAGUGUAUACAUCAAACAAGAUCUCUGGAAGAUAACCAAUCUUUGUCACCAACAUUGUCCAACACUUCCGCUGUUACACAAGAAAAUAGAAUAAGUACAUCGGACAAAACUAAUGAACAAAAUCAGCAACUUAAACCAGAGGGAGAAUCUAGAGAGAUAAAAUACAAAUUACGUCCGCGUUCGAUUCAAAAUAGGAAAGAAAUAGAAAACAAGAGAUUCAACAAAAAGGAACCUAAGCUUAAACAGAAGCCACCACCCUUAAGCAAGUAUCGCAGGCGCACAGCCAAUGCACGGGAAAGGUUUAGAAUGGAUAAAAUGAAUCAAGCCUUCGAGCAACUUCGUCUAGCGAUUCCAAAGUUCCCCAGCGUGAGCUCUAAGCUGACGAAGAUCAAAACGCUCCAGCUGGCUGUUCACUAUAUCGCUGCUUUGUCAGAUGUUUUGCACAAAAGUGAUGCUAAUGAAAAGCAGGAGGCUGUGGGCGGAUUAUCACUAUCAAUCGACCCAUUAGAGAUGAACCUGAACCUUGACAGCGAUGAUUGUGAUUUGACAGUUGGAGACUUAAACGUACUAUUAGAAUCCGAUGAAAGUACUAUGGAUUACAACACUGAAUUUGAGUUCAUCUAGUUUGAGUAGUACUUCCCUUUUUUUUUAUCGCAAUAUGUGUCAAAUUUUGAAAUCUUUUUAUAGGUUUGUAGGAAUAUUAAAAAAGUAUAAUAACAACAACCAUUGGUCAGUUUUCCAAAAGAAACAUUUUUCGCGCCUUAUUAAUAAAAUCUUUAUAAAUGAAAAAUUCACAAAA